CAUUAUACCAAGCGUUAUACCAAUCCACAAACCAUUGAUCUUUCAACUCCUCUUUUUCGAUCGCAUAAACUGACUCCAUACUACUAGGAGGUACCCAGUUGGAAAAAUGGCCUCAGAACCUCGACAUGAGGAGUACCAAUACCUCGAUCUCGUCCGCGAGAUCCUAGACCACGGCGAGCGUCGACCAGAUCGAACAGGCACAGGCACAUACUCUAUCUUCGCCCCACGCCCCCUCAAAUUCAGCCUCAACAAUAACGGCACCCCCAUCCUCCCCCUCCUAACCACAAAACGCGUCUUCCUCCGCGCCGUCAUCGCCGAGCUUCUCUGGUUCAUCGAGGGCAACACAUCCUCCACCUCUCUCAGCGCGCAAGACGUAAAGAUCUGGGAUGGCAACGGAUCCCGUGAAUUCCUCGACAACCUCGGGUUAACCGAGCGCGAAGUCGGCGAUUUGGGACCGGUGUACGGUUUCCAAUGGCGACAUUUUGGAGCCGAGUAUGUUGAUGCGAAGACGGAUUAUACGGGGAAGGGGUAUGAUCAGUUGGCUGAGGUUAUACAUAAACUGCGCACGAAUCCGUAUGACCGCCGCAUGAUAUUGUCGGCGUGGAAUCCGGCCGAUUUAAAGAAAAUGGUACUUCCGCCUUGUCAUAUGUUUGCGCAGUUUUAUGUCUCGUAUCCGAGGCAAGGUGAUGAGAAGGAGGAUAGUCCGAAGCCGAAGGGACAUUUACAUUGCCAGUUAUACCAGAGAUCGUGUGAUAUGGGACUGGGUGUUCCGUUCAAUAUCGCGAGUUAUGGGUUACUGACGCAUAUGAUGGCGCAUGUUUGCGAUUUGGUUCCUGGGAGUUUGACACAUGUUAUGGGCGACGCGCACGUAUAUAUCGAUCACGUCGAUGCGCUCAAAGUUCAACUAGAGCGAGAACCGCGACCGUUUCCGGAGAUACAACUCAAGCCUGAAAAAGGUGGCUCAAUUGAUGGGUGGAAGGUAGAGGAUAUUGCGGUAUUGAACUACGAGCCACAUAAGACGAUUGCCAUGAAGAUGUCUGUAUGAAAUACGGAGAGGUUCUUAGACACAAGGUACGUCUUGAAAGAAUCAGAGUGGGAAUCAGAAUCUAGCUCUCAAGAAAAUGCGACAUGAUAAUGAGUGUAUAUUUUCGGAAGAUAUAAGAGUUGCAUUGGGGCGGGCAUGGGGUUUAGUAGACUAAAGACAUCGUCGUCACCCAGCUUUGUUUCCUCAAAGUCUUCAUUCUAGAUAGCAUAUUAAUCAUGAAGAGAUCGUGGUACCAAACAAGAGGAUAUCUUGGAAUAUACCCACUUUUCAUCUGUUCAUAUCGUUGCAUUUCCUAAUGUCGUGAGCCAAUAUAUAACUACGAAUCGCCACGCCUUGAUCGUCUUGUGGUCAAUUACUACUAGUUAACC